AUCUAAAUCCAGUUCCGUGGUUUUCGCAUUCGCUUUAUUUUAAAAUUUUAAUAAAAAUAAAAUUUAAAUUUUAAUGGCUGCUCUUGAGCUGGCUGAUGGUCAAGAAUCAAUUGCUACCGCCACUGCGGGAGCCGGCGAUUCCGGCAAUACGGACAAUGCAGAGCCAUCUGCAGUCUCUACUCCUACCGGUCCCACAGAAGAGAAAGAUGAGUCGGCGAUCAAGACUGAAACGACAAAGGCUAAGAAGGAUGAUGGUGGUCGCAAACGCAAGCGUCAUUUGUACAAUGCCAUACGCGGUCAGAUGGAGUUCUACUUUGGAGAUGCUAACCUCAGCAAGGACCGUUUUCUGCGUCGGCAUGUAGAACAGGAUCCAUUUGUGCCGCUGGAGAUAUUUCUCACCUUCAACAAAAUCAAAUUGCUUACCCAGGAUAUCCAGCAGAUAGCCACAUCACUUAGCAAUUCCCAACUUCUAGAACUGGAUAAGAGUGGAUUGAAAGUGCGCCGUAAAACUGCUUUGCCGAAGCAACGCGAUGUAAAUGACAGGACUCUGUAUGUGGAGGCCCUGCCGGCAAAUGCCAGCCAUGACUGGCUCAAAGAGGUCUUUAGCCGCUAUGGACCUGUGGCUUAUGUCUCUCUGCCACAUUAUCCGGGAACGAAGAAGAUUAAAGAGUUUGCUUUUAUUGAAUUCGAGCGUACGGCCAGUUUGGAAAAGGCUAUUAAAGCGUUUACUAAAAUUCAGGGUGUUUUGGCAAUGGAUACAGAUCCAGCAGUCUUGGCAAGUAUACGAACUUUCCAAAAACAGGAUCAGAGCGAAAAUGUCACAAAAGAUACACCACCAGAGAAGGAAACCAAAAAAAAAGGAAAUCUUAAACGUGAAGCUGUAGACAAUGAUGAUCCCCCCCAAGAUGUAAAGCGUGUAAAACUGGAGGUGCCCAAAAGUAAAGAUAACAAUCAGGAAGAGGAAGCUGUCACCACUGCAUCGGCUUCCGAGCAAAGCGGAGUGGAAACCGAUCAGGAUCAAACAGAUCCAACCGUAGAGGGAGCAGAAACAGGUGACGGUAAGAAACGACGUCGUAUUCACAAAAAGAAAAUUUGUCUGGAGAACCCCAACAUCGAGCCAACUGCUUUAGAGCUUAAAGUACUCCCCAAGACGGUAUGGUGUAGUCUGCGCAACAAAUAUCUCAAUCUUCAGCGACGCAUGGUGAGUGAGGCUAAAGCGAAACUGUGGCGGGAAUCACAUCCGCAUGCCACACAUCCCACUCAUUAUUCGCAUCCUCCUCAAAAACGCACCCCACCCGAACAGCUCGGCGAAGCCCAUAGAGUCAUCGAUCCCAAUGCAAGCGAAGAGUGUGAAGCUCUUAACUCGGAAAAUCAAGCUAACACUGUCGAGGAUGGGGGUGAUAAUGCUGCACAAGCUGCACCAGCGAAGCGACGGAAAGCUGUCCACAAGAUGAAUAUGAAUUUUUAUGGUGCUGGCGGCGGGGAAUCCUGCCUCGACGACCAACGCAACAACACCAAGGCAGAAGAGACAACCAACUCAUCUUCCGCCUCCACCCAAGAGCGUGUUCCGCUCUUUAAAUAUGAACCAGGCCUAAUUAUUGAGCUAUCAUUGUUAGAGCCCUGCGCCAAUGUCAAAGAAUUCAAAGCCGAUAUGCGUCAAUAUCCGCAGAUUAAAUACGUCGACAUCAAAGAGGGCGAUCAAUUGGCACAUUUGAGAUUGGAGACCCCCAACGCUGCCGAAGAUCUGAUACAUCAGCUCAAUUGUGCCGAGAGGCAGCUGAAAGUAUUGCGCGGUCAGGCGGAACAACAAUAUUGGCGCAAAAUCGAACAGGAUCGCGAGGCUAAGCUUACAAAAAAGGUUCGUGUUCAGCAAAAGCGAGGUCGAGAAAAGGUUUCAGCCAAAUUACUGGCCAAGCACAUUAAGUUUGAUGAUGAUGAUGAAGCUGUGGUGGUGGCCCCACCAGUUGAGAGUUAGAGCUAAAUAAAAAACGUUCGGCUUGCCGACUCUUAGAGCAUAAGUAGAAAGUAUACAUUUUGAAAAUAUAGUUGGGGCAGAAAAUGUACCGAAUAAAAUACAUGAAUAUUUAAAACCAUA